UGACAUUGACACUUCAUUCAGUUAGAAUUUGCUCUUUUUUAAUACAAUUGACUGCUUUUUAAAUUAUAUUUUAUUAAUUUUAGAUAAAACCGCUCAAUGCAAAAUAAUGAUUACGUGAAAGCAAUUAAUUUUCAAGUGAAAACUCAAUUAAGCGGCUUUCAUUUGUUUAAAAUCCUUAAGUUCACAGGACUGUGUAGUUGAGAACUCAGUGUUUAUUUUAUCAAUAAUGUAGUUGAUAUGUACCACCUACAGAAGAUAUUGGUAAAUAUCAGUUAUGCCAGGAAGUUAUGAAUACUCGAGGAAGUUGAAAAAUUUCGUAUUAUGGAAAAUGAUGACCCUAUGUUAACCAAAACCCAAAGACUUGUUUUGGGAUUUUUAGUUUUGAUUUUAGUUGAUGUUAUUUGGGUAUCUUCUUCGGAAUUGACAAAGGUACGAUCCGUAAGAUUUAACAAAUUGGCUGAAGUCAGGCACAUGUCAGAAAGUGAAGCUACGGAAGCAUUACUAGCAAGGCUUUCUUAUCAAGCAAGUGUAAGAGCAAGUGAGAUGGCUAAAAGAGCUGCAAAUCGACUGCCAAUUGCAAGAGUCGCUAAAAUCGCACUAAUUUUUUGUUUAUUAUGGUUUAUUGCCAACUAUACAUACCAAGUAGCCUUGUCAGAAACAGAAGCAGGAAUAGUGAACGUUUUAUCGUCAACUUCUAGUUUGUUCACUUUAGUUCUUGCAUCAAUUUUUCCCUCGAAUCCGAGCGACAAAUUUACUUUGUCAAAAUUAGUAGCGGUUUUCCUCAGUAUUAUCGGAAUAGUAUUGGUAAGUUUUUCUGAUCUCACUAUAGAAUCAAAACUGCCAUUUGGUGCGGUUUUAUCGCUGUUUAGUGCAUUUUUUUACGCGACGUACCUCGUUUUUCUUAAAAGGAAGGUAGACCAUGAAGAUAAAAUUGGUAUUCCAUUGUUUUUCGGUUUUGUCGGACUAUUCAAUCUCCUUCUUUUAUGGCCACUAUUUUUCUUUCUACAUUUUAGUAAAUUAGAAAUUUUCGAAUGGCCUACGAGGGAACAAUUGCUGCUGUUACUAUUAAAUGGUUUAUUGGGAACAGUAAUAUCAGAAGCACUCUGGUUAUGGGGUUGCUUUCUGACAUCUUCUCUUAUGGCUACCGUCGCCAUGAGUUUGACAAUACCAAUGACCAUGUUAGCAGACGUACUACUAAAAGAAGUACCUUACCCAAUACUAUUUUACACGGGCACGUUACCAGUGCUUGUAGCCUUCCUAGCUGUCACUGUUCUCUCACAUUACGAGAACUGGGACCCAGUGUUCGAUAUAUUACAAUGUGCCUAUCAAAACGUCUGCAACAAGAGCAGAUUUAUUCGUUCUAGGUUUAAAGAAGCUGCCUCGGAACAAACGGAGGCUCUGAUAGGCAUUAAUUGCGAGCACGAAGCGUAAACAAAAACAACAAUCAACAAGAAAUACUUUAAGGAAUCUCAGGCCUAUGAUAACCCAUGUCUGCUGGGAAUAUUGUUACAAGCUAAUGCUUUACAUUCCAUACACAUGUAAAACGCUCAGUAUUUUAGUUUUUCAUAAAUAAUAUGCAUACAACUGUAGAAAGAAGUUUUUAUGCGCUGAAUAAUAAGGCAAAUAUAUGUAUUUAAUACUUUAUUUUGUCGUUUGUAAUAUUUUGUUGUAUUUAAUAUUUUGACUUUUUCUCUUGUCAUUUGCUUGGCACGCAGUAGUAGUGAUUCAGAAAUAAAUGUCAAUAUCCUCUCUUAUAUGACAAACUUGAUAUCGUUCAAUAUACCAAUAUGUCAUAUUGUAACAUCAAGCAUAAUGGCACUCUCAUCUCACGUCAUAAUAGAGCUGCAGCUCAAAUUUCUACAAUAUUAUAAACAAUUUUUUAAGAGUGUAAAUGUGUUACAACCUUCUCCUUUACUGUGCUUGGAACCGGCAGUGACAGUUGUGAAGCUGCUGAAUCUACAACAUAACUACCCCGGGCGGAGUGGAAAAUAAUAAAAUCAAUGCUUCAAAGUAGUAAAAAAAAGAUAUAAUAUCACCCAUAAGACAACACAUAAUAUUAUGGAAAAAUUACUUUAAAACACUACUUCUAAGAAAAGACCAGAAUUCAACUCAAUUCAGAAACGGAAAUCAAUUAUUUUAUACAAAAAUCUUCGCCUAUCCGAAUAGAUGUCACAGAAAUUAAAAAUAUAUUAAGGCAAUAACAAACGCCAAAGUACAAGGCGUAGACAACAUCUCAGCAGAAUUGUUAAAAAAUGGAACAAACAAACUUGAUCAACAUCUAUCAAGACUAUUCCAAAAUUGUCAUAACGAAACGAAUAAAAAUUAUCACAUCUCUCAACUAUUCAUAAAAAGUUAAACAAAGAAGGUUUUCAAAACUGAGAUUAUAUCAAGAAAGAGUAACCAACGAGGAUAUCCGCAGAUAUAUGAACGCAAAGCACAAUGAUUUACCACAUAAAAUACAAACAACUGAAGUGAUACGGUCACGUUCAGAGAAUGGGAAAAGAUCUAUUACCAAAGCAAAUACUAGACUUGGCACCUCAGGGAAGAUGUAGAAGAGGUAGAUCUCGAACAAGUUUGAGGUUGUAAACAAGGGCCAUGAAACUCAAUGGGAAAUUCUAAACUGUUGAAUUCCUCUUUCCCUAAAUAUUUUACAUCAAAUGUACAUAGUGCACGAAUGUGUAUGACAUGUUGCGUAAGAUGUUUGUCAAUAUUUUUAUUUUAUGAUUAAAUUAUAAACUAAAUACUACUACCACAGAAUAGAUAACAAUCAGAAUGCCCUCUCUCAGAUGCCGCCUUUGAAGUUUGUCGCGAUCGCCAUAUUUUAGACGGAAACAUAGACUCGAAUUUAAAUUUUUAGACAUUAAUAAUUUAGUACAUUUGAAAUAAUUUAAUCUAUUCUUUAACUAAAAGUACGAAUGAAAUAGUGCAUAUUAGGUCUAUAGUUGCCGUAAAUAAAUUAAACCGGGUUAAUUUUUCUAUGCACACCAGAUAAAAUGCCACUGAACGGUACUGGUUCCGACUAAAACAUGGCUGAUUCAGUCUGCGCGAACGAGAUGCGCAUACUUAUUUUUUCAAGCAGAGUGGGCAUUCUAAUUGUUCAUUAUUCUGUGUUACUACUACUUACUUACUUACUCCGUGGCGUUACAACCUUUCGUGGGUUGUAGCCGACUCGACAACAUGCCUCCACUGUUUUCUGUUUUGAGCAACCUCCAUCCAAUUCUCCACGCCCAUAGUGCUUAGGUCUCCUGCUAUAUUGUCUCGCCGUCGGAGACGAGGGCGUCCGCGUGGACUCCUUCCAGUUGGGACUUUCUCCCACACCAGUCUUACUGUUCGUGCGCCAGAAUGUCUUCUGAGGUGUCCUGCCCAUUUAAGUUUUCUGGACUUUAUUUCUUUUAUGAUGUUGGCGUCUGGGUAAAGUUCUUCAAGCUCUUUGUUAGUUCUUAUGCUAUAUUGUCCUGAUGCUUCAUCCAACACAGGACCAAAGAUCUUCCUUAGGAUUUUUCUUUCCCAAACACAUAGUCUCUCUUCGGUUGCCUUUGUUAUCGUCCACGUUUCGCUUCCAUACAUCACAACGGGUCGUAUGAUUGUUUUAUAGACCUGUAUCUUCGUACGUCGUGUUAGUUGUUUUGAUUUUAUAAGGUUUUGGAGGGCAAAAGGCAUCUGUUGCCGGCCUGAAUCCUGUUGUUUAUUUCUUGUGAUCCGCUAUUGUCUUCAGUUAUUGUUGUUUUCCAAGAUACUUGAAUUGUCCAACGUGCUCAAAGUUAAAGUCAUCGAUGGUGAUGUUCUGGCCGAUUCUGUCUGCUGUGGUUAUUGCGGCUCAUAUACAUAUAUUUCGUCUUGUUUUCGUUGAUUUGGAGCCCCAUCUUCUCUGCUCCCUUCUCAAACUUACGAAAGCCUCCUUCAUCCUUAAUCGUGUGUUUCCUAUUAGAUCUAUAUCGUCUGCAAAUGCCAGUAGUAAGAUUGGUCCUUCUCGAUGAAAUGCUGUAUUCGGUUUUUCGAUUCUUGCACUUCUGAUUAUGUGUUCCAGAGCUAAGUUGAAGAGUGUGGUGAAAGUGCAUCUCCCUGUUUUAGUCCAUUGUUUAUUUUAAAUGUCUCCGAGUAUUGUUGUCCAACUCUCACUUUACAUCGUAACCGUUCCAUACACAUCCGUAUCAACCUGACUAGAUUUUUUGGAAAGCCAAGUUCCUGCAUCGCUGUCCACAGUCUGUCCCUACAUACUGUAUCAAAUGCUUGUUUAAAAUCUAUGAACAUCUGAUGAAGCUCACGAUCAAACUCCCAGCAUUUUUUCAUUAUCUGUUUUAUUGUGAAUAUCUGGUCAAUAGUAGAGCGGCCCGGUCUAACUCCGCAAUGAUAAUCUCCAACGAUUUCUUCUGUGUAUGUUUUGGUUCUUUCUAGCAGGAUGUUUGCAAGAAAUUUGUAGGUGGUGUUUAGGAGUGUUGGUCCCCUGUAGUUAAUUCAUUGCUUUUUGUUUCCUUUUUUGUGCAUUGGUACAAUAACCCCUUCUUUCCAUUCAUCUGGCAUUGUUUCUUCUUGCCAAAUGUUAUGAAUUAGCUUGUAUAUCGAACUGUACAACGCUUCUCCUCCAUGUUUUAAGCACUCUGCCGGUAUACCAUCGCUACCUUGUGUCUUAUUAUUUUUAAGUUUUUUAAUUUCCUGUAUUACUUCUUCGUAUGUCGGGUAUUAGUCUUCUAUUUCAGCUGUAUGUACCUCUAUGUUUGAUGUAUUUCUGCUAGAUUGGUCAUUCAAUAGUUGAUUGAAGUAUUCCUUCCAGGUUUUUAGGAUUUCCUUGUCAUCCGUGAUAAGCUGUCCACUAUCGUUUUGAAGAAAGUUUCCUGUUCUUGCUUGUUCCCCGGCCUUGAUAUCUGAAACUCCUUUGAAGAACUGUCUCGCUUGUUUGUUCUUUCUUUUUUUUUCUCUAUCUCUGAUACUUUGCUCCUGAUACUCUUUCUUCUUCCUUUCCUUCUUUCUUUUAGUUUUCUUGUUUGUGUUCUUCUUUGUCUAUACAUUUCAUUGCUGUUAUGGAGUUCAGGCAAUCAUCAUCGAACCAUUUUUUUGUUGUUUUCUUUUUGUGUCAUAGUAUUUCAUCUGAUACGCUUGUCAGGGCUAAUUUGAUAUUUUUUAAAGCUGAAUCUAUGAUUUUAUAGUUUUCUGUCUAUGUCAGAGCGAUUUACUACUACUACUGAACAAUAAAUAUUACUUUGUAAAGUAUAAAUGAUAUUUAUAUGUUUAUUGCAAACAUUGUUUACAAAGCAGUAAAGUUAAUGAAAUCUAAUCAGUUGACGAAAAAUCACAAUCAUGUAUUCAGGCAAUAGUGCGAGCACUGCAAGAUCUUUAUUUAACGUAAGAUAUUCUUAUACACUUCAAUUCAAUUCCAGGUUAUACAACAAUUUAAAGAAUUUCAAUAUAGUUACUGUGAUCCUUCCUAAAAAUUAUUUAUGAUAAUUUCUAAACACAAAACUAUAACAAAUGUUCCAACAUUUCGCCAUUUUGUAACAAACGCUAUCCCAAUCUAUUGGAAAAUUCUCGUCUAACAUUAGCCAGAACGUGUGAAGUUAUUUUUGCACACUUUUUAAUAAUUCACAUUUUUAAUGCUUCAAUAUCUAUAAAUUUUUGGUCAGAAUAGAUUUUUGAUUUUAGAUGCCCCACCAGAUAAAAUGUUUGUUUGGAGCUAGAUCUCCCGAUCUCGUAUUACGUAGGCCACUCAAUUUUACAGUUAGGUCCAAUCAAACAAUUAUUAAAGCUAUUUUUAAGCACUUCCUUUCAGUUUCUUUCCAUUUCUAUUGUGCGCAAGGCAUCCAUCCAUUAAACCAAAUUUUUUCUUUAUCUGGAGCUAUUUCUGCACGUCUCGAUAAAAUUAUCUUUUUGUAUCAAGUCUAAAAACUUUUUGAAUUUAAAUUUUCCUCAUACAAAAAUGGUCCAAUAAUAUUGUGUUCAAAUAUUCGUAACCAGACAUUGAUUUUUCGACGAUAUUGAGCGUCUAUAUUCUUUGAUAUUGGGUAUGGCUUUCAAUAAUAUCCUCCGCUUUCUUGUCGACCAAAUCGUAUACUUUUGAGUAUUUGGUUCAAUAUUUAAUGUAAAUGUACAUUCGUUACUUAAUAAAAUGUGUUUUAAAAAUGGUAUUUCUAAAUUGAAAUUUAUUUGAACGGAAUUUAUUCCUUUUCAACAUUUUUAGGCCGGGGAAUUAUACAUAUUAAACUGGUGUGCAAUGGUCCGUGAACUUAUUCUAGGAUUUUCAAUACCUACUGCUUUUAAUGCAUUUGGUUCAUUUUGAUUUUAUAAAUUUCUUGGUACCUCAGCACUAUUGUUUAUAUCGGUACAAUUAAAAAUUAUAGCCCCAAAAUUUUCAAAAUUUUGUCAAAUCCUUUGAAUUGUUGAAUGACUUGGAAUUGGUCUAUUGGGAUAUCUUACGCUAAAUAAAGAACUGACACGUUGCGCACUACGGUCUGAAUACCACGGACAUUAUUUAAUCAACGUUAUUGUUUUUUAAACAAUAAAUCACAAAUAAAAAUUUUGGCAAUUCAAAUAUUGUCAAAUAUCAGAAACAUCAAUAUGGCCAAACGCAAGACGUCCUACAUAUUAUUGCACUGCUCUUGGCCUUACUUUCAGGGGUGGCCUGAAAAAUGUAUUAUAUUUUUGCAUUUUGAGUUAUAUUCUUGCAUAUAAUCUUCUUUCUACUAAUCAAACGCAACUAUAAGUUUGUACUUAGGUUUAUUAGGUAAUAUAAAAGGAAACAAAUAGUUAUUGUGAUAUUAAGAGUUAGAAAAACAAAUAACACAACUGUAUGUAAAAAAAAUUGUUAUCAUAGGCCGUUUUAAUUUUCCUAUGCAUAUUUAUAACAAACGUAUAUUAUAAUAUGUGCAUGAACAAUACGAGUACUAUGGAGUUUUGGUCGACUUUCUUUAGAAGAAUAUGAAAAAUAUUGCUGACCACUUAACUAUGUACAAAAUUGUUUUAUGAUCCUUUCGUUUGUAUUUUUUGCUCUUUAUAAUGGACUAGGAAUGCCAGUAAAUCCUUCCAAUGUCCGUCCUUGUAUCUUUACUGAUUCGAUAUUACGCAAUACAAUAAAACACAAAGUACUUUACAAAAUAUCCUGUUCCUAUAUACAUGUGCUGGUAUUUCGGUACAGUAUACUUUAAAUAUUUCGUAGUAUCUAGUAUAGUAUUAUUGUAUACGAUACGUUUGUUGUAAAUAUUUUGUCCGUACUAUUGAUAAUACCGACUAUGGUGCUUUAAUAUAAAUAAAUGUGAUCGUCUAUAUUAUUUUUGUUAGAAAAAAGUUUAAUUCUAAUCUUAGACAUAUACAAUACUGUUUUUUUUUUAGUAUCAAUAUUGUUAUUUUAUGAAAUACACCUGGUUUUAAUUUUCUAACAAAAACCUUAGUUUUAGUCUUUUAGAUAUGUAAUAAUUCCACUAAAAACAUUCCAACGUUUUGUCAUUUAUUGAAAAUAAUAAAGUGUGAAAUUAUU